AUUUCACAUAAUUUCAUCACCUAUGCUAUGCUCACCACUGCUUUGAAAUUUUUCAAAAAAAUUUACAUCUCUAUUAUUGAGAACAGAAUAAUGUAUGAAUAGUGACGGACUUAUACUCCGUUCUGCUCUGAACGGUGGCUGAAGCGGGAAAAAAAAUGAGACAACCGGUGCUAAAAGGAGAACAAGUCCAUUUUUGAGAUAUUAUUUUGAAAAUUUGAUAGAUUUUUUUGUAUUAACUUCAGUCUGAGAUAAAUUUGGUUUAUUAAAUCGUAGUACAUACAUACAAUGUACAUCGUCAUGUUUAUUUAUAAAAAUAAUAUAAUAUCGUCAAGCCGCACUUAAAAUUAAAAAAUAAAUGAGUAAAAUGAUUGAAAAAAAAUGAAAAUCAUCGAAUUAAAAUAAGAACAACGAGAAAAAUGAUCAGUCAAAUAUGAGUAAAAAUAAAAGAUUAUUAAAAUUAAUUUAGUUAACGUCUGUUUCUCACGUUGUCAAGGGGUACUGGUAUUUUUAGCAAUAUUAUGAACGCAAAAUACAGAUACCGUUAGUUGCCUCAUAUAAAAGACCUCCUGAACAGGAAUCUUCGGUAGCGAUAUAUUCUGCAUGUAAUCGAACACUAACGAGAGGACCGAAUCAUCGUUAUCUUCUUUGUCAUUUCGCAUUGCGUGGAAAAAUUUUUUGCUCCGCCGUUUAUGGACAGCUAGGUCUGCCAUAAGAACCUGUUUCGCAGCUCCACUUAACAAACGAUUUCCCAUUUUUGUUUCUAUUUCUUCGCAAGUUCCACAUACAUCAACUUUGGGGGUCCAAACGUUAGUCUAAAGUUGGCGUUGAAUAUUGCAAGAUACCGCUCGUACGAAACACGAACACUCGGAUGUUUUUUUUUGAAAAGCGUGUACAUUUUAAGAACAUCUAAGUCUUCGUUCAGGUAUGUGAUAUAUUGCGAUAAUGGCUUCGUUUAGUAGGAAACUCUCGAAUAUGAUCUUUUACCAAGUCGACGACUUGAAUAUAAUGAUUUUAUUGAAAUUCUGAUAUUUAGUGUAAAAGUACACAAAUACAAGUAUAAAUUGUAGGUACCUACAACUAAUUGAAGAAAUAAUUUUUUUAUUUAGUAAUUUAAUUUACCAAGUUUAAAUCACAAAUAAAUAAUUAAUGAAAUGAAAUAAAACUUACAGUUGAGUAGUUCUCGUUGCUCAAAGACUCACAGACAAAAAUGAACGAAUAAUAAAUUCUCGAAAAAAAAAAAAUUACAAGUUUGCUCAUCUGUUCCAUAGCCAACUAUCACUAGUGCAUGGCCAGUUCCUUGGGUUGGUUGACAAUAUGGUUGUGAGUAAAUAUCUAUAAAAAUCUAUCACAGACAAAAAUGAACGAAUAAUUAAUAUAAAUAUGAACGAAUAAUUAAUCCUCAAAAAAAAAAAAAUUACAAAGUUUGCUCAUCUGUUCCAUAGCCUACUAUCACCAGUGCAUGGCCAGUUCCUUGGGUUGGUGUACAAUAUGGUUGAGAGUAAAUAUCUAUAAAAAUCUCAUCACAGACAAAAAUGAACGAAUAAUUAAUUCUCGAAAAAAAAAAUUUCUAUAAAAAUCUAUCUAUAAGCGAUGUGCGUAUACAUGUUAUCAAAGUCAAUUACCUACCAUGUGUAAAUACAGGGUGGGCAAAGAUAUCGUGAACCCCAAAGAAAGUUUUUCAUUAAAAAUAUAGGAUGGCAACGUGAAAUCGAUGCAUAUGAUUGGUGGAAUGUUAUCACUUUAGUCCAACAACCAAUCAUAUGCUAUCAUUAUUAUCAUUCACUGUGACCAACCAAAAUAUUUAACAGAAAACUUUUCUAGGGGUUCACAAUUUUUUUGCACACCACGUAUAGUGGAAUUGCAAUAACUUGAAGCUAAAGGGAGAAGUAGUUGGUCUUUGAGUCAUUAGCAAGGACCGGAUAUGUAUGCGCUAUAAAAUGGCAAAAUAUGUACAUAUAAUAUGCGCUAGUAAAAAUAUGUGGAAACGAUAUGGGUAUCAAAAAGAAGCGUUUUUUUCUCCGAAUACAAAAUAUUGUCCUUAUUCUGAUUUUAGAAUCUAAAAAAUGAAAAAUAAUGAUCAAAAUCGCCCAAGAAGUGAAAAAAAACUAAAAAAGGAAGUUGGAAAACUACUGCUUGAUGGAGGUGUCGGAAAAUACCAUCGAUAAUUUUAUAUUGACUGUGGACAGCUGCGAUGUCGUCGUCGAACGACUAAUCGACGAUGAAAUUCUUAACAAAGCCGAAGCCAAGGCUGUGAUCAACACCAAUAACGAACAGACUUAUUUAUGUAUCGUUUGUAAUGAGAAAUUCGCCUCCGUCGAAAACCUGGCUGAGCACAAUGUUUUCGUGCACGAUAUCGGAGGUACUACCUACCCUUGCGAGUAUUGCGAUCGCGAAUUCAGAGCUAAAAAUGAACUGACUCAACAUAUGCGCCUCGAUCACCAAUCAUCCGAUACCAAAGAUCUAAUUAUUCGUUUACCAAAUGGUAAAUUCCAGUGUCCUUUAUGCGACAAGGUAUUCUGUCGCAAGCUGAACGCGAACCAGCAUUUCAUUUGUCACGUAGCCGAGAAAAACCUGAGCUGUGAUCAAUGUGGAUUUCGAUGCCAUACAACAGCUCAGCUAGAAGCUCAUAAGAAAAAACACGAAAAACGAUUCUGUUGCGAUAUGUGUAGCAAGCUGUUCUCCUACAAGUUCCAGCUCGAUAUCCAUGUUCAAGGAGUGCAUUACAAUUUGAGACCGUUUACGUGUAAAAUUUGCGGCAAAUCGUUCAAGACGAGGUAUAACUUCGGAUCGCAUAUGGCUCAGCAUAAAGAUAUACGUAACUUCCAGUGUCCAUUUUGUCCGAGACGUUGCCGUAAAAGUUACGACUUGAGGAUACAUAUCCGCACCCAUACCGGUGAGAAACCAUUCGAGUGCAAGUUCUGCCAACGAGGCUAUAGUCAAAAUGGAGAUAAAGUUAAACACGAGAAAAGAUGUGCUCAGAAAGCCGGAGGUUCUGUGACUGUCUCGGUUGAAAAUGUUGAAGAGUCUGAGACGAGUUUGCAAAACAAAUCGAACGCUAUUCAAGUUUUAGAAGUUGAUAGGUAUCCUGAUAACGAGAUCGUUGAAGUGUCUCCUCCCAAAGAUCCACUUGAAACCAUUUUUUGUUGAUGUUGAAUCGGCGAAAUGUUUCUCGUAAGAUCAUUGGCUCUUUGUGUAAAAUUAUUCGUGCGAGUGGUAUGUUUUGUUGAGCCAGUUCAGUAUCUGUGAUCAGUUUCCUUUUUAAUAAAUAAAACUAUUUUUUAUGUA